AUGCAUCAGUUGUUGACAAUUGUAGUUGAAACUCCAGUAAAGGUUGAUCCACUUGUUGUUGGACCUCCAGUUGAUGAUGAUAAACCAGCUGUUGUUGUAGCUGUGGAGCCUCCAUUUGUAGUUGAACCUCCAGUUGUUGUGGAUUCUCCAGUUGUUGAACCUCCGCCUGUUGUUAUUGAAUCCCCAGUUGUAGUUGAUGCAUCAGUUGUUGAUUCACCUGUUGUUGUUGUUGAACCUUCGGUUGUAGUUGACACACCAAUUGUUGACCCACCAGUUGUUGUAGUUGAUCCAUCAGUUGCGGUGGAGCCUUCUGUUGUUGUUGAACCUUCACCUGUUGCUAUUGAAUCCCCAGUUGUAGUUGAUGCAUCAGUUGUUGAUUCACCUGUUGUUGUUGAACCUUCGGUUGUAGUUGACACACCAAUUGUUGAACCACCAGUUGUAGUUGAUCCAUCAGUUGCGGUGGAGCCUUCUGUUGUUGUUGAACCUUCACCUGUUGUUAUUGAAUCCCCAGUUGUAGUUGAUACAUCAGUUGUUGAUUCACCUGUUGUUGUUGAACCUUCGGUUGUAGUUGACACACCAAUUGUUGAACCACCAGUUGUAGUUGAUCCAUCAGUUGCGGUGGAGCCUUCUGUUGUUGUUGAACCUCCACCUGUUGUUAUUGAAUCCCCAGUUGUAGUUGAUGCAUCAGUUGUUGACAAGCCAGUUGAAGUUGAACCUUCAGUUGUGGAUUCUUCAGUAGUUGAACCUCCAGUUGUUGUCGUUGGAUAUUCAGUUGUUGUUGAUCCACCUAUUGUUGUGGAUCCAUUUGUAGUUGAACCUCCAGUUGUUGUGGAUUCUCCAGUUGUUGAACCUCCGCCUGUUGUUGUUGAACCUCCAGUUGUUGUCGUUGGAUAUUCAGUUGUUGUUGAUCCACCUAUUGUUGUGGAUCCAUUUGUAGUUGAACCUCCAGUUGUUGUGGAUUCUCCAGUUGUUGAACCUCCGCCUGUUGUUGUUGAACCUCCAGUUGUUGUCGUUGGAUAUUCAGUUGUUGUUGAUCCACCUAUUGUUGUGGAAUCUCCAGUUGUAGUUGAUCCACCUGUUGUUGAAUCUUCAGUUGUAGGUGUUGUAGACCCUGCAGUUGUUUCCGUUGAUCCACUUGAUGUUGUUGAAUCUCCAGUUGUAGUUGAAACUCCAGUUAAGGUUGAUCCACUUGUUGUUGGACCUCCAGUUGAUGAUGAUAAACCAGCUGUUGUUGUAGCUGUGGAGCCUCCAUUUUUGUAG